CCAUCACGAUCGGCAUCCGACUACGACGACGAUACCGACGUCUACUUUCUUUUCGUCCUUCUCUCGACUACUAACAAUACCACGACGCUCUCUUACUAGUACCCAUCUUCCAUCAGCCCGCCGAAGGGAUGCGCCCCACGUUCGCCUUUCUUGCUUUGCGACGGUGCAUCCCUUUCCCCGGCGCGCGGCUCCAUUCCCCUCUCCUCUCCUCACAGCUAGCCAUGUCUUUGAUCUUCUCACUACCAAUGUUCUUCGCUUUCGUUAGCAGAUCUUUACUACCCCCUCCCUCUCCUCUUCUUGCCGUCGUUUUGUUGUUCUUCUACCCCCCACUUCCUCUUUCUCUUGUCCAUUCCCUUGAGAGAGAGAAAUGAGAGAAAUCGAUAUUCCCGCAUUCAUACCACAUUC